ACAGACACUGCGACUCUGCAGACCGCGGACGGCGAAAUGGAGCUCUUCCUCUCCAGGAUAGAUUUUGGCGGGGUCUUUGGCAUCCUCCUGGCCAUGGUCGUCUCGUGCCUCCUCUUCCUCCACUUCUCGUCGAGAAAGAAGUUCAGGACCCUUCCUCCAGGGCCAACCCCACUCCCCUUCAUCGGAAACAUGCACCAAGUGGACAUCAAGGAGCUGAUAAAUUCCCUGAAAGAAGUGAGACCACGGCAGCCAUGUUGGGGGGGGUGUCGGGGGAGUGAUUUUACAAUUUCCACAUCAGGCAAGAAAGCAGGACGGAUUUUGGUUCUUUUUUAAAAAAUACAUUUUUAUUCAUUUUUAACAUAUUAAUUAACAUUCAUACAACAGAACUUCACAUCUUAUACAGUGGUACCUCUGGUUAAGUACUUAAUUCGUUCCGGAGGUCUGUUCUAAACCUGAAACUGUUCUUAACCUGAAGCACCAUUUUAGCUAAUGGGGCCUCCUGCUGCUGCCGCGCCGCCGGAGCACGAGUUCUGUUCUCAUCCUGAAGCAAAGUUCUUAACCCGAGGUAAUAUUUCUGGGUUAGCGGAGUGUGUAACCUGAAGUGUAUGUAACCUGAAGUGUAUGUAACCUGAGGUACCACUGUACAAUAUAUUUUUUUGGACUUCCGUCAACACCUCUGAUGAUUUUCCGUUCUUAUCGCUUAUUAUGCAUUUCUUAAUUUCAUAUUACCUUUAAUUAUCUUUAUCUAAUAGUUCUCCUCAUUGUCUUUUUUUGCAGUAUUUCAAAUAAUUCACCUUACGAAAUGUCUUGCAAACCUACUAGCAUAAUCUGUCCAUCACAAUUAGUUUUCAAAUAGUCCGUAAAUUUACUCCAGUCUUCUGAUAAUCUCUGAUCUCGCAGGUUUCGAAUCCUUCCUGUUAGUGUAUCUAAUUCUACAUAGUCCAUCAAUUUCGUUCUCCAUUCUUCUUUCGUCGGUAAUUCUUCUUGCUUCCAAUUUUGUGCCAAUAAUAUUCUUGCUGCCGUCACUGCGUAUAAAAAUAACUUACAAUCCUUUCUGUUUAUAUCCUCACCUACAAUGCCAGGAUUUUGGUUCUUUGAGGGCAGGAGAAGCAUAAAAGGGGGGCUUCAGGCAGAGAAACUGAGAAAGAGCAACAAAAGUGCCUCUGCCCAUGCACAAAGCAUCAUUCUGUCGCUGUAAGAUCUUCAGAGCUAGUAGCAGCUCCUUGGGUACUAGGGACUAGGGUUUCUUGUUGUUGUUGCUGUUGUUGUUCAGUUCAUCUUUUUAUAUUGUAAUUUUAUGUUGUUGACUGCCCUGCGAUCUAUAGGUAUAGGGUGGUGUGAUGAGUAUGAGUUACUCGUGCGUAAACUGGUGCCUCUCUAGGCUAAUUUGCCUUGUUAAACCUUUCUGACUGCACAGCCCUUUCUAAUUGCGACUGGCUCAGUCACUGGCAGAAUCCGUCAGUGGGCGUUUCUUGAAUCUCUUCCAACAUAAGAGUUGUUUGACACCCAGUCUCCUCCUCCUCUCACUGCGCGGGAGCCUUCUGCGCAGGGAGGGCGUGGGUAGCGGAGGACCUGUCCCCUCCUCACUGAGUUCCAGUGAAGAGUCCUGGAGCCCUCUCUCCGAUUCCCCCAUCUGCCCACCUUUAUCCCUGGUGUUGCGCUUAAAUGCUUCCCCCUCCACUGAGCUGCUUCUCCCCCUGCUGCUGGGUCCUUCUCCAGCAUCAUCUAGGAGCCUCCCCUUCGCCUCCCGCUCCGAUGUCAGUUCCCUGACAGGUGGUAUACAGAUUUUAAUAAUAAUAAUAAUAAUAAGCUCUUGAAAAUAAGCUCUUUCUGCCUUAGUUGCCUUUCAGUUCAAGCAAGAAGAGGCUGGAGUUGGAAGGGGCUCAGUUUUCCCAUCGAAGGGGCGCCCCUGACCCUUUUUUCUGCAUUGCACGGGGACCAACUUUGGGGUCUUAGCCCAGGGGGAGAAUGGGGAAAGGGAUAAGCCGUAGGACAAGGAGGGGAGCGAGACAGGGGACUUGCCCAUCAUUACGUUUUGCCCUGCACUUUCUAGGCACAGCCCAGGAAAACCUGCUCUUUAACGAUGAACAGAAACAAAUGGCAAUUCCAGAUUUCCGUGGAUUGGUGGGUUUUCACGGGGGAAAUGGGGGGCAAAAAACCCCCCAAAAAACACUCUGGCAUGGAACUUUAAAACUCAGACUUGUGCCUAAAUCAGAACCAGUGAAGGUCCUGUGUGAGUGCCUGGAGGCGGUUGGAGGAUGGAUGGCGGCUAAUGGAUUGAGGUUGAAUCCUGACAAGACAGAAGUACUGUUUUGGGGGGACAGGGGGCGGGCUGGUGUGGAGGACUCCCUGGUCCUAAAUGGGGUGACUGUGCCCCUGAAGGACCAGGUGCGCAGCCUGGGAGUCAUUUUGGACUCACAGCUGUCCAUGGAGGCGCAGGUCAAUUCUGUAUCCAGGGCAGCUGUCUACCAGCUCCACCUAGUAUGCAGGAUGAGACCCUCCCUGCCCGCAGACUGUCUCACCAGAGUGGUGCAUGCUCUAGUGAUCUCCCGCUUGGACUACUGCAAUGUGCUAUACGUGGGGCUACCUUUGAAGGUAACCCAGAAACUACAACUAAUCCAGAAUGUGGCAGCUAGAUUGGUGACUAGGGGCAGCCGCCAAGACCACAUAACCUACAUUGAAAGACCUACAUUGGCUCCCAGUACAUUUCUGAGCACAAUUCAAAGUGUUGGUUUGACCUUUAAAGCCCUAAACAGCCUCAAAGGCCAGGUAUACCUGAAGGAGUGUCUCCAUUCCCAUCAUUCUGUCUGGACGCUGAGGUCUAGCGCUGAGGGCCUUCUGGCGGUUCCCUCAUUGCAAGAAGCAAAGCUACAGGGAACCAGACAGAGGGCCUUCUUGGUGGUGGCGCCCGCCCUGUGGAAUGCCCUCCCAUCAGAUGUCAAAAAGAUUAACAACUACCUGACAUUCAGAAGACAUCUUAAGGCAGCCCUGUUCAGGGAAGUUUUUUAAUGUAUGACAUAUUAGUGUAUUUUUGGUCUUUGUGGAAGCCGCCCAGAGUGGCUGGGGAAACCCAGUCAGAUGGGCGGGGUACAAAUAAUAAAUUAUUAUUAUUAUUAUUAUUAUUAUUAUUAUUAUUAUUAUUAUAAAAAUGCAGCACAAGAGCAUGUCUGGAGGAGCCCAGAGAAAGAGGACCUGGGACUUUCUACCUCCACAAAUUUAAAAUCGGCCAAGUGUCAUGCUUUUGUGUGUAGUUUGUCUCAGCGGUAAAACUAGUCAGCAGUUAAUAUGCAAGCAAUUAAGUGUCGGCUAGGGGUGGGGUGGGGAGGAAUUUUAUUCGAUCACAUUUAAAGAUGAAACUUCCAGAUCUGUGCUUUCCAGAACAAGCUAUGAACCGAAUCACGGCUGUCCUCUGAAAUUUGCACUUCUCUGAAUUUUGCAGUGAUGUUCCCUAGCCGAGCAAUGGGUGCAAAAAAAUGCAUGUCUGGGGACAGAGGGUGAAGUGUAUGCUAAAAGGCAAAUAAUAGUGCAAAUGACAUGCGCAGGUGCAUUGCAUUAGGGGAAAUUGCAUUGCCAAAUUGUGCUUAUUAGGUAGAACUGCAAAAAUGUCCACAGUAGGAGAAAUUUGCAGUAAAAUGCUGAAGGAUUUUCAGCAGGUAUUUUCUUUAUUUUUCUUUAUAUUUUUUAAGCAUGCUGAUGUGGAGUAAAACCAGGCUGUGGAAGGCUGGAUUAGCGAUUUGAAAAUAUAUAUAUAUAUAUAUAUUCAUAAUGUACAUAAAACAGAAAGAACAGCUAUAACAGCAAAUGAAAAUGGCAAGAUGAAAAACAAAACUAUUAAAUAGUCACACAUAAUGAGUACAGUUGCACAUGGAUUAAAAUAACGAAAUCCAAAUAUAAAAUACCAGUGUGAUCAUCGAAUCUAGUUCCAGGUUUGCUAGGCUUGUGACAAGAGCUGUCUUGAAAAUGACGCCUCUGGUGUAUAUGCAAUAAAGGAAUGCCAAGUCACAUAAAAACCAUUUGGAGGUCCCAGGCCUUGUCAAAACUUCAAAUUAUGCAUAUUUUUCUCUGUGAGGGACAUCUUGGGGCUGCUUUCCACUGAGCUGCCAAGAUCAUGCAUAAGAUGAAUUAUUUUGACAAUAUAUUGGUAUCAUCAAAAAAUAUUGGGUAUCAUUAAUUUUGGACAAGAAGAAAUGGUCUGUUUAGUAGUAUUCAUCAUUCCCAUCAAAAGUAAAUUCCAAAUUUCUCACACCAAUCUACAUUCCCACCAUAAGUGAUCAUAUGUAGCAAGUUUAUCUCAACCUCUCAGGCUAUUAGGCGAUAGAGAAGAAAGCAUUUUUGUUACAUUUGCCAUGUGUGGUGCAAUUUCAAGGAGCUUUCCCUAAGAAACAGGUUUUAAGGGUGGUUUUUGGUUUCUGUUAUUCUCCUCUUGCCCCAAGAAGACCCCGAAGAUGAAGCCACAGCUGUCCUAAAUUAGGGCUGCCAUACAACCGGAAUUUCCCAGAUAGAGCCAUAGGAAACAGUGUCCAGGUGGAAAACGUUGAAAAGUCCAGGAAAACCCAGAUGUAUGGCAACCCAUGUCAGCAGUGUAGAAUUUGGCGAAUUUCCUUAAAAAUAGCUCAAAAACUUCAUUUUUUUUUUUGAGAGUUUGCAAACCAAGAAGCUCAACAACUUUAGGCAAAACUAAGAAAAGCUCAACAUGUUUUGUAUCCAGAUUUUCGCUUUUUGAAAUGUGGCGACCCUAUCCUAAACAGCUUCCUGCUUCUUUUUCCUCUUUGCAGCUUAGCAAGACCUACGGGCCAAUGUACACCUUCCACCUGGGCUCUCGGCCUUGCGUGGUCCUCUCUGGCUACCAGGUGCUCAAGGAGGCUUUGAUUGACAAGGCAGAGGAGUUCAGCGGCCGAGGAGACUUCCCCGCCGUCCAGAUGUGGAGCAAAGGGAACGGUGAGGAAAUGGGGGGGUGGGGUGCUGAUUUUGAAAAGGAAGCGUUGCAGCGGCUCCCCAAGUAGGGGGUGAAAUUAUCGAGGGGUGCUAAGAGGCAUGGGGGCAGCAGAGGAGCCCCAGAAGGGGUGACCUGCUGACCUUCCGAGCGGCAAGCCCAAGAGGCUCAGCGGUUUAGACCACAGCGCCACCAUAGCAGGCUAUAAAAUUAUGCUUGGCAUGGAGAAAGUGGGUAGAGAAAAGGCUUUCCUCCCUCUCUGGUAACACUAGGAUUCAUGGGCAUCUGGCGAAGUUAAAUGUUACAAGGUUCAGUACACGUAAAAGAAAGUCACGCGGCAACAGAGCUAAACUACGGAACUCACUGCCACAAGAUGCAGGGGUGGCCACCAAGUUGGGUGGCUUUGGGAAAGGAUCAGACAUUGGAAGAGAAUUGGGGAAAAUGUUUAAAAUAUCUUUCAGCAAAAAACCAGAAGCUGACCUACUAGGAAUCACAGAUUCGGAUAUCCCUAAAAAAGUCUUAAAUGAAUUGGUUAAAUGACUAUCAUACUUUGGAAAGCCUGUAUCAUUGAAAACCCUGUAUCAAGUUCAUCAUUUUUGGUUGAAUUAACUAAAUAAUUUUAGCUGGAAUUUAAAUAAAAUUGCAAGCAAUUGAGACUGUUUUGAAUGUUAAUGGAUCAUUAUCUCCCUUAGUGGGCUGUGUAGACCACUAUUUUGAAUAAGGCUUUCGACAGAGUAGAGUGGAUAUGCUGGGGAUGAGUUUAUGGGACCAAGGGGGCUAUGGGCUUGAAAAAGUCCCGGAACGACUGAGUUAGGGGCUUCUCACUGGGGAUUCAUGCCAAUGGCCCUGGGCUUAUCUUUUGCUUUUCCCUCAGGGAUCGUGUACGGCACUGGGGAGCGCUGGAGGCAGCUGCGCAGGUUUGCCAUCAGCACCUUCAAGAACUUUGGGAUGGGGAAGAGAUCCAUUGAGGAGCGGAUCAAGGAAGAGGCUCAGUUCCUGGUGGCUGAGUUCCACAAAACUGAAGGUUGGUGGGGAAGGGGCUGCCCAGGGGAAGGGGAAGGGGUGAAAGGGAUUUGCUCCACCAAUUUCCCAACAUUUUCUGGAAUAGGGUUGUUGUGGGGGUUAAACGAGGAAGGGAAACGUGUAUAUCUCACCUCGAGCUCCUCGGAGGAAAAGCUGGGAUACAAACGCAUAAAUAAAUAUUAUUAUAAUAAAAUCUGGUCCGAGAGACAGAAAAGAAGCAGAAAAUAAAGGAGUGUGUUUAUUAUUGGAUCCUUCAGUAAUCUUGGGCUCUUUCGCCCUACUGAAAGCAAACUGGUGAAAAGACUUCCUGUGAUUUAAAUUAUGACGAAAUCAUAGGUUCAUAGAGCAGGAAGGGACACCCAGGGGUCAUUUAGUCCAACACCCUGAAAUGCAGGAAUCUCAACUAAGGCAUCCAUGACAGGUGGCCUUAGGUAAAGGUAAAGGGACCCCUGACCGUUAGAUCCAGUCGUGGCCGACUCUGGGGUUGCGGCGCUCAUCUCACUUUAUUGGCCGAGGGAGCCGGUGUACAGCUUCCGGGUCAUGUGGCCAGCAUGACUAAGCCACUUCUGGCGAACCAGAGCAGCGCAUGGAAACACCGUUUACCUCCCCACCGAAGCGGUACCUAUUCAUCUACUUGCACUUUGAUGUGCUUUCGAACUGCCAGGUUGGCAGGAGCAGGGACUGAGCAACGGGAGCUCACCCCGUCGCCGACCUUCCAAUCGGCAAGCCCUAGGCUCUGUGGUUUAACCCACAGCGCCACCCGCGUCCCAUCGACAGGUGGGGUGGCCUUAGCUCAUACUUUAAAAUAACAAUCUGGGGUGGCGGGUGUUAGAUAAAAAGAGCCCUUCUUGCAUAACGAAACCUUAGUUUAGGGAUAUCCAGAUGGGCGGGGUAUAAAUAAUAAAUAAAAUUAUUAUUAUUAUUAUUAUUAUUAUUAUUAUUAUUAUUAUCAUCAUCAUCAUCAUCAUCCCAUUUCAGCCUUCACAAACCUGUUGCUCUCUGGAUGUCUUGGGCUACAAAGCCCAUCAACCCAGGCCAGCACAGCCAUUGUAGAAACUGUGUUGUUGUUUAGUCGUUUAGUCGUGUCCGACUCUUCGUGACCCCCUGGACCAGAGCACGCCAGGCACUCCUGUCUUCCACUGCCUCCCGCAGUUGGGUCAAGCUCAUGCUGGUCGCUUCGAGAACACUGUCCCACCAUCUCGUCCUCUGUCGUCCCCUUCUCCUUGUGCCCUCCAUCUUUCCCAGCAUCAGGAUCUUUUCCAGGGAGCCCCAUAGCACAUGAAUUCAAGCGCACCGUAACUCACCCCUGGGGAUUUCUCCUGCGCAAGCCCCCUUUGUCCCAGCUGUCUGAAGCGCUGUAUCCCGAGCCCCCCCCCUCCAAUAUGAACCUGCCCAGACCCUAGGUCUUCAGGAGAGACCCUUCUCUCAGGCCCCCACCCUCUCAGGACCCCAUGGUGAGGAUGCAGGAAAGGGCCUUCUCGGUGGUGGCUGCUCCCAGGCAACUUUGGAACUCCCUGCCUAGGGACGCCAAGCUGGUUCUCUCCUUGCUGUCCUUCCACCAGCAAGUGAAAACCACUGAGGGGAGGGACACAACCCUUUCCAGUGAGUGAACCACAGGGAACCCACCAGCCCCAUUGCUGUUGUUGUUUAGUUGUUUAUUGUGUCUGACUCUUCGUGACCCCCUGGACCAGAGCACACCAGGCACUCCUGUCUUCCACUGCCUCCCGCAGUUUGGUCAAACUCAUGCUGGUAGCUUCGACAACACUGUCCAACCAUCUCGUCCUCUGUCGUCCCCUUCUCCUUGUGCCCUCCAUCUUUCCCAACAUCAGGGUCUUUUCCAGGGAGUCUUCUCUUCUCAUGAGGUGGCCAAAGUAUUGGCGCCUCAGCUUCAGGAUCUGUCCUUCCAGUGAGCACGCAGGGCUGAUUUCCUUAAGAAUGGAUACGUUUGAUCUUCUUGCAGUCCAUGGGACUCUCAAGAGAAGCUGUAAACAUCAAGUAGAAGCUGUAAACAUCUGUAAAUAUCAGAAGAGCAAGAGGUUGGAAUCAUAGACCUGUAGGAGGGCUCCCCAGGGGUCAUCUAGCCAAACCCCCUUCAAUGCAGGAAUCAUGGCUAACAAAUCCCUGAGAGUUGGCCUUCAACGGAGGAGAGUCCACCGCCUUUCAAGGUAGUCCAUUUAAAAGAGAAGGGUGGCUGUUGGGUUUGUUACUAGAAGAAGUCUUUGAAAAGGUGAUUUGAAAACAGUAGAUCUGCUUCAUCUCGCUUUAUUCCCAGGCAAACCCUUUGACCCCACCUUCUUCCUGAGUUGCGCCGGCUCCAACAUCAUCUGCACCUUAGUUUUCGGGGACCGCUUUGAAUACACGGACAAGAAAUUCCUCAUGUUGCUGGACCUCAUCAACAGCAACUGGAAGCUCAUGAGCUCCACCUGGGGACAGGUGAGCCCGAGCCAGCGGGGGAGAAGGGGAACUGGGGCUGCAGGGUGUUAGUUAGACGAGGUGGGCCUUUGGUCCGAAAUGGCAGUCUGGCUCUCCUGGCUCCUCUUAUGGGCACAAUCAAAAGAUUGGGGAAUGCACCGGGCGGUGUGCGUAAACUGGGGUCUUCUUCUCCUCUUCUAGGGCUCUUCUUAGGGCCCUCGUAUCUACGGGACCGCCUCUCCUGGUCUGCCCCGCAGAGGACCUUAAGGUCCAUGAAUAACCACAGUUUAGAGGUCCUGGGCCCUAAGGAAGUCACACUAUCCUCCGCCAGGGACAGGGCCUUCUCAGUGAUGGCUCCGACCUGGUGGAAUGCUCUGUCCCAUGAGACCAGGGCCCUUCAAGAUUUAAUCUCCUUCUGUCAGGCCUGUAAGACAAAGCUAUUUCCCCUGGCCUUUAAUUUGAAUUCAGCCUGAUCUUUUAUUUCCCUUCUCUUCCCUCCCCUUUUAUGAAGAUCGCCCGCUCUGAGACCCCACAGCUAAUUCUCCCCUGGCCUCCUCGCUGGCCCAAGUAGGACCAAUUCAGCCAGCUAGCCCUGGGGAUUAUCAAACUGAUUUUUGAAUUUUAUUCUUACAGUGGUACCUCGGGUUACAUACGCUUCAGGUUACAUACACUUCAGGUUACAUACGCUUCAGGUUACACACACCGCUAACCCAGAAAUAGUGCUUCAGGUUAAGAACUUUGCUUCAGGAUGAGAACAGAAAUCGUACUCUGGUGGUGCGGCGGCAGCAGGAGGCCCCAUUAGCUAAAGUGGUGCUUCAGGUUAAGAACAGUUUCAGGUUAAGAACGAACCUCCGGAACAAAUUAAGUACUUAACCCGAGGUACCACUGUAUUCAUGUUUUUAUACUGUAUUUUAUGCUGUUUUUAUAAUUAAUUAUAAUUAUGCUCUUUUAUAAUUUUAUAAUUAAGUGUUUUAAAGUGUUUUAGAUUCGUUGUUAGCCGCCCUGAACCUGGAUUUUGAACCAGGAAGGGCGGGGUAUAAAUUAUUAUUAUUAUUAUUAGAUGCUCUUCAGCUUCCCAGAGAUCAUGAAGUACGUCCCUGGGCCUCACCGCCAGAUCUACAAAAACUACCUGAAGCUGGCCAGGUUUGUAGGCGAGCGGCUGGAGAUGAACCGGCAAACUUUGGACGUCAACAAUCCCCGGGAUUUCAUCGACUGCUUCCUCAUCAAAAUCCAGCAGGUAUCCUCAGUGUCCCAAGGAACAGCCGUUAAUUCCAGAUCCCUUCCCUCUUUGCCAGGAAGCCAGGAAAAUUCCAGUUUUGUGAGCAGGAGGAGGCUUCUAUAGCAGUGGUUUCUCAACCGACUACAAUUUAGCUAUUUUACUUCACAUAAUUUAUAUACCACUCGACUGCAAAGCAGCAGCAACAACCUCAAAGUGGCCUACCAAAAAAAGAUAAAACUAUAAGAUUAUCAGUCAGGAAAAAAUCAGGAAUUUCUUUUGAAAAGGAAAAAUAGCAAUAGACUAAGAAUAGAUUAAGACACGCACAAACUUUCUAAGCAUCUGGGUAGGUUUGUUUAAACAAACAUGUUUUUAGGAGGCGUCGAAAAAAGGAUGGCGAAGGCACCUGCUUGGUAUCAAGUGGCAGGGAUUUCCAAAGAGCAGGUGCUGCCACACUAAAAUAUUGAGAUCUUACAAAUGCAGAAGGGGGGUUGUCUGGCAGCUGGAACAGGGCCAGAUCCACCGAUCGAAGUGGUUGAGCAGGCAUAUUUGGAGUAAGGCAAUCUCACAGGUAAACUGGUUCCAAGUUGUUACUAACAGUAAUACCUUGAACUUGGCCCUGUAGUGAAUCGGCAGCCUGUUCAGAUCUCUGAACAGAGGAGUAAUAUGCUGACAAGGACUUGCUCCUGCCAGCAAUCAUUCAUUUAUUUAUAAGUUUUUAUUGUUAAAAUAAUUCAGCAUUAAUACACACAUAUUGUGAAUAUACAAACAUACAUUUCAUACAAUCCUUUAAAAUGUUCAAACAUACCUACACUCAGUCCCACAGAUAAUUCCUUUUCCCAUCACCACCCACCACCCCUCACCCCACCUUUGUGUUAGACUUCCCAUCUACUCAACUGCAAUUUCUUUCCACUUCUAUUACUUUCUUUCAUACACCUUUAACCUAAUUUCAUGCUUCUUUUUCUAUUACACAUUGUUAUCCAUCUUAUUUAGUAUUCCAGUAUUUAAAACGGAAUUUGUUUAUUCUAAUAGGAUUUUUCAAUAUGGUUUUGCAAGUAUCCUUUAAACACCUUCCAGUCCCUGUCUAUCUUCUCUUUUGAGAUCCUUCCAGUUUCUCCCAUUGUUUUGGAUAUAUUGUAGUACUCCAACACAGGAGUUACCGUAUUUUUCCCUCUAUAAGACGCACCAGUCCACAAGACGCACCUAGUUUUUGGAGGAGGAAAACAAGAAAAAAAAUAUUCUGAAUCUCAGAAGCCAGAACAGCAAGAGGGAUCACUGCGCAGCGAAAGCAGCAAUCCCUCUUGCUGUUCUGGCUUCUGGGAUAGCUGCGCAGCCUGCAUUCGCUCCAUAAGACGCACACACAUUUCCCCUUACUUUUUAGGAGGGAAAAGUGAGUCUUAUAGAGCAAAAAAUAAGGUAUAUGCUGGCAAGGACUUUCUCCUGUCAGCAAUCACGCUGCAGCAUUCUUCACAGACUGCAGCUUCCAAACCAAGCGCAUGGGAAGCCCAGCAGAGAGCACAUUGCAGCCAAUCUGUCUCAGAAUCAUAGACUUGUAGAGUUGAAAGGCACUCCAGGGGUCAUCUAGUCCAGCCCCCUGCUUUGCAUUGGUUACUCUUGAAUUGUAUUAAUUGUUUUGAUGAAUUCACUGCUGUUGUUUACUUUAUUAAUAUGCUGUCAUGUUUGAUAUUAUAAUAAUUGUAGCAUUCGUUGUUUUGAAUGCUGUUGCAAUUAUUGUGAGCUGCUUUGCGCUUGACAUUUACGGUUUGAAAAGCGGGAUACAAAUUCUAAAUCUAAUAAUAAUAAUAAUAAUAAUAAUAAUAAUAAUAAUAAAUUUUAUUUAUACCUCGCCCUCCCCAGCCAAGACCGGUCUCAGGGCGGCUAACACCAGGUAUAAAACAAUUGAUUUAAAUACAACUUAAAAACAAGAUUAAAAUACAACAUUAAAAUGCAGCCUCAUUUUUGGGGAUGAAAACGUCAAAUCUUCACCAAGGCCAACUAUCCAGACUGGUCAUACAUGGGCCAGAAAAACAGCCUAGGAAAUCCCCAAAUAGGAGUUCCACCACAGAAGGAGAAAGGAAAAAGGAUAGAUGGGAAGGGGAUCAAGUUAAUUCCAAGCCAAAGGCCAGGUGGAGCAACUCUGUCUUACAGGCCCUGUGGAAAGAAAUCAGAUCCCGCAGGGCCCUGGUCUCAUGAGACAGAGCGUUUCACCAGGCCAGAGCCAUCACUGAGAAGGCCCUGGCUCUGGUUGAGGCUAAUCUGACUUCCGUAGGGCCUGGGACCUCUAGGGUGUUGCUAUUUAUGGACCUUAAGGUCCUCCAUGGGGCAUACCGGGAGAGGCGGUCCCAUAGGUACGAGGGUCCUAGGCCAUGAAGGGCUUUAAAGGUCAAAACCAGCACCUUGAACCUGACCCUGUACUCCACCGGGAGCCAGUGCAGCUGGAAAAGCACUGGGUGAAUAUGCUCCCAUGGCAGAGACCCCGUGAGGAGCCUCACCAUGGCAUUCUGCACCCGCUGGAGUUUCUGGGACAGCUUCAAGGGCAGCCCCGCGUAGAGCGAAUUACAGUAGUCAAGCCUGGAGGUGACCGUCGCAUGGAUCACUGUGGCCAGGUCAGGGCGGGAAAGGUAAGGGACCAACUGUUCCCAGACUAUUGCCACCCGGAGGGACAACUCUUGUGCUGGAGCAUAACAAGAGCAGGACCCCAAAAAUAAAGCGAAAAAUUUGUGGAGUAAAAAGUUGCAGGAUUUCAGCAGGAAGCUACGGUUCGUACGCCUGUCGAAAACAAAGCAGAAAAAGCUUUCGCAGGCACCAGCAGUGUGAUGUAGAAAGCGCGUUCGCAUAAUGAGCAAUAUCAUCAUCUUUAGAUGUCCUUUUUAUGAAGAGGCACGUAGUGAGACCAUUGAUCCCCUGCUGGUGAGGCUCGCUGACCUCCCAGAAAAGCAAAAAUUUGACCUUUUCCUGUUAGGCAAAGACCAAAAGACGACCCGGAUGAUCGCCAGAUUCUGUGUACAAAUCUGUAGGCGCACACCAUCCCUCAACUCAAACUAGUUCGCUAAGAAACUCUCCAAACUUGGUUCCAUGGGUGACUCUGAGUCAUCUCUCUGUGGUAGCUUAUCUUAAAGUUUUUAGUGUCUAUGCGCUUAUAGCAUUUAUAAAUUUUAAAUUUAUUGUUGUACAUUGUUUUAAAUGUUUGCUUUCCUUCUGGGAUUGUACCCCCAAGUGUGUUUUAUAAGCUGGUAAAGGUAAAGGUAAAGGGACCCCUGACCAUUAGGUCCAGUCGUGGCUGACUCUGGGGUUGCGGCGCUCAUCUCGCUUUACUGGCCGAGGGAGCCGGAGUACAGCUUCUGGGUCAUGUGGCCAGCAUGACUAAGCCGCUUCUGGCGAACCAGAGCAGCGCACGGAAACGCCAUUUACCUUCCCGCCAGAGCGGUACCUAUUUAUCUACUUGCACUUUGACGUGCUUUCGAACUGCUAGGUUGGCAGGAGCAGGGACCGAGCAACGGGAGCUCACCCCGUCACUGGGAUUCAAACCGCAGACCUUCUGAUCAGCAAGUCCUAGGCUCUGUGGUUUAACCCACAGCGCCACCCGCCUCCCUUUAUAAGCUGGUAUGCAACCGUAAUAAAUGAUCUAUCUAAUAUCAUCAUAGCCACAAAUCAUCACAGAUGCAGAAUGAAAAUUAUGCCCGGAGGGGCCUUGUCAGACAAUGGGAUCCUGCAUUGUAUUCUUCACAAGUUUCGUUGAAGCUGUCGAGGUUUCUCAGCCCCUCCCAUAUCCCUGUUGCAGGAAAAGAACAACCUGGACACACACUUCAACGAAGACACCAUGUUGAAGACCACGGUGAAUCUCUUCUUUGCGGGGACGGAGACGGUCAGCUCGACUUUGAGAUACGGGCUCCGAAUUCUCAUGAGGCACCCUGAGGUGGAAGGUCAGUUUCCAAAAGCAAAGGGGGCCUGUUCUGCUCUCACACAGGAAUGCCCUUGGGGCGGAGGGUGCAGUCCUACCUGCCCACCAGGGAUGGAAAAUAAUAAUAAUAAUAAUAAUAAUAAUAAUAAUAAUAAUAAUAAUACAGUGGUACCUCAGGAUGCGAACAGGAUCCGUUCCAGAGCCCCGUUCACAUCCUGAAGCGAACGCAACCCAUGACUGUGCGUCUGCGCAUGCGCGUGUCGCGAUUCACUGCUUCCGCGCAUGCGCAUGAUGUCAUUUUGACCGUUUGCGCAUGCACGAGUGGCGAAACCCAGAAGUAACGCGUUCUGUUACUUCCGGGUCGCCGCAGAGCACAACCCGAAAGCGCUCAACCUGAAGUGUAUUCAACCCGCGGUAUGACUGUAAUAAUAGUAUUUUUUUAUUUAUACCCCACCCUUCCCGGUUCAGAAAACCGGGCUCAGGGUGGCUAACAACAAAUUUAAAACACUUAAUUCAUGCAACAAAAAAGAGCAUAAAAUACAGUAUAAAACGUGAAUAACAAUAAAUUCAAAAAUCAAUUUAGGGAGGAAAAUCCAUCCAAUAAACAUUAGAUGAUCACCAGGGCUAGCUGGCUAAAUUAGUUCUAUUUGGGCCAGUGAGGAGACCAGGGGAGAAUUAGCUGUGGGAUCCCAGAGCGGGUGAUCUUCAUUAAAAGGGGAGGGGGAGGGAAGGAAGGAAGGAAGGGGAAUAAAAGAUCAGGCUAAAUUCAGAUUGAAAGCCAGGCGGAAUAGCUCCGUCUUACAGGCCCUGCGGAAGGAGGUUAAACCCUGCAGGGCCCUGGUCUCAUGGGACAGAGCAUUCCACCAGGUCAGAGCCAUCACUGAGAAGGCCCUGGCCCUGGUGGAGGAUAUGUCUUUUAUUUAUUUGCUUUUCAUAUUUUAUAGCCCACGUUUUUCUCUAAGGCGCUUCAGGUGGCGCACACGGCUCUCCUCAUUUACUCCCCACAACAACCCUGUGAGGGAGGUUAGGCUCAGAAGCAUAGAAUCGUAGAAUUGUAGAGUUGGAAGGGACGCCGAAGGUCAUCUAGCCCAACCUGUUGCAAUGCAGGAAUUUCAACUAAAGGUGGGACUUGUCUACAAGGUCACACCCCGUGAAUGCUUCAUGGUUGAGUCGGGAUUCGAAUCCCAGUCUCCCAUAGGGUUGCCAUAUUGCAAAAUGGUGAAAAUCCAGACACGGGAGUUAUUGACCUUCGUACAGUUUUGCCAAACAUUGAUGAGCUUCCUUUUGCAAAAUCUCAAUAAAAAAGGAAGAUUUGGGGUUUAUUUUUAAGGAAAUGUGCCAAAAUCUCGACUCCCAACAUGGACAUUGCAGCAACUUCUGCCUGGACACUGUUUCCACAACAAACAAUACAAGCAACACGAAGACCAGUAUACUAGAUAGCACUGCAAUUCUUAUUGCAUGAUAUACAUGAUACAACAAAAACACAAUGUGUACACUUGUAAAUUCUCUAAUAUAUUUGAAAUAAAUGAACACGCGUUUGUCAAUCUUUGAAAGUCCGUAGAAGUAUAAUUAGUCUAUGGUUGAAACAAAAUAAUAGAUGCUAUCCUGUGGGCUAAGCGGUAAAACUUUUUUUAGGUGUUCAUGGUUCCGAAGUGAUAUCCCGGAUAAUCUGACUGUUUCGCUGGAACCUUCUUCAGGAUGACCACUGCUCCAUGUGCAUUUUUCUAAUCUAUGAGUUGUGCUGAAGAGGAUUCCAGCGAAACAGUCAGAUUAUCCGGGAUCACUGUCCUACGUUGUUAUUCACUUUUUGUUGUACUAAAUCAUGUAUAUUAUGCAAUAAGAAUUGCAGUGCUAUCUAGUACAGUGGUACCUCGGGUUACAUACGCUUCAGGUUACAGACGCUUCAGGUUACACACCCGCUAACCCAGAAAUAGUGCUUCAGGUUAAGAACUUUGGUUCAGGAUGAGAACAGAAAUCGGGCUCUGGCGGCGCGGCGGCAGUGGGAGGACCCAUUAGCGAAAGUGGUGCUUCAGGUUAAGAACAGUUUCAGGUUAAGAACGUACCUCCGGAACGAAUUAAGUACUUAACCCAAGGUACCACUGUAUACUGGUCUUCGUGUUGCUUGUAUUGUUUGUUGUGUCAAGUUUGCAACACAGCGGUUUGUGGUUCUGUGUUGGACACUGUUUCCGACUGCCGUAUUCCAGCUAUGUCUGGGAAAUUUCGCACAUAUAGCAACCCUUGUCUCUCUGGUCCAAGUCUAGCACUCUAACCACUGGACCACAAAACGUGCAAAAAAAACCUCUCACUUUGGGGAAACACAAGGCUGGUGUGAUUUCCAGGAGGGCCAAAUCCUACAAACCAAUUCAGAAUAGGCAGUCAGAAGGAAGCCAGUAAAGUCAUACCUCUAGUUGCGUUAGGUUGGAAGUAAUAGUGCCACUGUAUUCUGCUCUGGUCAGACCUCACCUGGAGUACUGUGUCCAGUUCUGGGCACCACAGUUCAAGAAGGACACUGACAAACUGGAACGUGUCCAGAGGAGGGCAACCAAAAUGGUCAAAGGCCUGGAAACGAUGCCUUAUGAGGAACGGCUAAGGGAGCUGGGCAUGUUUAGCCUGGAGAAGAGGAGGUUAAGGGGUGAUAUGAUAGCCAUGCUCAAAUAUAUAAAAGGAUGUCACAUAGAGGAGGGAGAAAGGUUGUUUUCUGCUGCUCCAGAGAAGCGGACAUGGAGCAAUGGAUCCAAACUACAAGAAAGAAGAUUCCACCUAAACAUUAGGAAGAACUUCCUGACAGUAAGAGCUGUUUGACAGUGGAAUUUGCUGCCAAGGAGUGUGGUGGAGUCUCCUUCUUUGGAGGUCUUUAAGCAGAGGCUUGACAACCAUAUGUCAGGAGUGCUCUGAUGAUGUUUCCUGCUUGGCAGGGGGUUGGACUUGAUGGCCCUUGUGGUCUCUUCCAACUCUAGGAUUCUAUGAUUCUAUGAUUCUAGGUUCAUGUUGCAGAUUUUUGGGUUGCGAACGCUGCAAACCUGGAAGUGUAUGCUUCCGGGUUUCGCCGCACGCACACACGCAGAAGCGUUCUGCGCACUUUGCACAUGCGCAAGAGUGCUCUAUUGCGUCAUGCGCACAUGCAGAAGUGGCGCUCUACUUACGGACUUUUCUGGGUACGAACGGCACCCAGGAACAGAUUGCAUCCGUAAGUAGAGGUACCACUGUACGGCACCCCUGAACCACACAGAGAUCAACGGGAUGACAAAGUCACAGCCAGGGGAGGCACAAUGGCCAGAGAGGGCUGCAAGCUUCUAGGCCAUGGGUAGGCAAACUAAGGCCCAGGGGGCGGAUCCGGCCCAAUCGCCUUCUAAAUCUGGAUGGGCUGGGAAUCAGUGUGUUUUUACAUGAGUAGUAUGUGUCCUUUUAUUUAAAAAGCAUCUCUGGGUUAUUUGUGGGGCCUGCCUGGUGUUUUUACAUGAGUAGAAUGUGUGCUUUUAUUUAAAAUGCAUCUCUGGGUUAUUUGUGGGGCAUAGGAAUUCGUUCAUUCCCCCCCCCCCAAAUAUAGUCCAGCCCAACACAUGGUCUGAGGGACAGUGGACCGGCCCCCUGCUGAAAAAGUUUGCUGGCCCCUCCAGUCUGAGGUUGCUCUGAACUGCCCAAAUCUCAUCUACAGAAAUGCCAAGGAAGAGCUAGAACCCUGGGCUUCAUAGGCUCAUAGAAUUGCAGAGUUGGAAGGGACCCCAAGGGUCAUCCAUCCCAACCCCCCAGGGCCAUGCUGGAAUCACGCUCAAUAAGCUCAUUGAAAUCAGUGGGUCAAAGGGGGCCUGUUCUAGGGCAUCUUCGUCUGCAUUCGCCUUCCUGCCACUCCUGCGCCCUCUCCCUUUCUGCUCCCAUCCACCCACCCUCCACACGGGCUCUUCCCGUCGUUAACCCCUCGCAGACCACCACGGCCCAUUUCCCUGUCCGUCACCGCAUCUGGGACCCCUUUACAGCUUUCCCCGCCCUCCUUCCUUGCCACAGAGAAGCUCCACGAGGAGAUUGACCGGGUCAUCAGGGUGAACCGCAGCCCAUGCAUGGAGGACAGGAGCCGGAUGCCCUACACGGACGCCGUCAUCCACGAGAUCCAGCGCUACGCCGACAUCGUCCCCAUGGCGGUGCCCCACACCGUCACGCGAGAUGUCGAGUUCCGUGGAUACACCCUCCCCAAGGUUUGUGGGGAAAGGGGGCAGUGCACCCCAUGGGCGACAGCGAAGGUCUCCUUCUGUAGGGGCCCUAUUGGCUGCACCCUGCCUUGACACCCCAUGGGCUGCUUUCACAGUCCUGAAGUCUGCUAGGAAGAUCUCUGUCCUCGAUGGAUUUGGAUUUGAUACCCCGCCUUUCACUCCCUUUAAGAAGUCUCAAAGCAGCUAACAUUCUCCUUUCCCUUCCUCCCCCACAACAAACACUCUGUGAGGUGAGUGGGGCUGAGAGACUUCAAAGAAGUGUGACUGGCCCAAGGUCACCCAGCAGCUGCAUGUAGAUGAGCAAGACCUGGCCAUGCAUCCUUUUAGCAGAAGGCAUGCCACACUCACUCCCUUUUACAUUAUGAUGUGGCCUUGGAAAUUUUCAUAGAAUCAUGGCAGGCACACCCAAAGGUCAUCUAGCCCAACCCCCCGCAAUGCAGGAAUCUCAACUCAAGCAUCCAUGGCAGGUGGACAUCCAACCUCUGCUUGAAAACCUCCAAGGAAGGAGGUUGAACAGCUCUUUCCGUCAGAAAGCUUUUCCAUGUGUUGAGUCGGAAUCUCCUUGAAGCCGUGGGUUCGAGUCCUACCCUCCAGAGUGGGAGGAGACAAGCAUCUUCCCUCUUCCACGGGACAGCCCUUGAGAUAUUUAUAUGCCAGCUUUUCUUCCAAAGAGCUCAAGGUGGUGCAAAGGCUUCUCCUCCCCCUCCGCAUUUCACCCAUGCAACAACCCUGUGAGGCAGGUCAAGGCGAAGUGAUGGUGACUGACUCAACCAAGGUCACUACUAGGCUUCAUGACUGAGUGGGGAUUCGAACCCAGGUUCCCCGGGUCAGAACCCACCGCUCUCGCCAUUGUGCCACACCGAGCUAAGCUCAGAAGAGCUUUCCCUCGACUGAAACUGUCUCCCAGCUCCAUCUGGUACGCAGGCUGAGACCCUACCUGCCCACAGACUGUCUCGCCAGAGUGGUGCAUGCUCUAGUUAUCUCCCGCUUGGACUACUGCCAUGCGCUCUACAUGGGGCUACCUUUGAAGGUGACCCGGAAACUACAACUAAUCCAGAAUGCGGCAGCUAGACUGGUGACUGGGGGCGGCCGCCGAGACCACAUAACACCGGUCUUGAAAGACCUACAUUGGCUCCCAGUAUGUUUCUGAGCACAAUUCAAAGUGUUGGUGUUGACCUUUAAAGCCCUAAACGGCCUCAAAGGCCCAGUAGACCUGAAGGAGCGUCUCCACCCCCAUCGUUCAUCCCAGACGCUGCGGUCCAGUGCCUUGAGCCUUCUGGCGGUUCCUUCAUUGCGAGAAGCAAAGCUACAGGGAACCAGGCAAAGGGCUUUCUCGGUAGUGGCACCUGCCCUGUGGAACGCCCUCCCAUCAGAUGUCAAAGAGAUAAACAACUACCUGACAUUCAGAAGACAUCUUAAGGCAGCCCUGUUCAGGGAAGUUUUUAAUGUAUGACAUAUUAGUGUAUUUUUGGUCUUUGUGGAAGCCGCCCAGAGUGGCUGGGGAAACCCAGCCAGAUGGGCUGGGUACAAAUAAUAAAUUAUUAUUAUUAUUAUUAUUAUUAUUAUUAUUAUGAAGGUGCGUCGCUCACACACAGAAAGCGACUGCCACAGCGAGUCGGACCAUCUGGUCUACCUACUUCAGUGUUGUCCACAUUGGCGGACAGCAGUGGCUCUGCUAUUCCUACCCAGAGAUGGCAAUUGGGACCUUCUGCAGGCAGCACAGGUGCUCCUAGAGCUAAGGCCCACCCCCAUUGCUCAACACCUGUCCACCAGGGAUUUCUUGCCCUUGGUUCUCAACCAUGCCUUCCUCCUGCUCCUCUUCCUCCAACCCACAGGACCUCAACAUCAUCCCCCUGAUCUGCACAUCUCAGUUUGAUCCCACGCACUUCAAGAAUCCAACCUCCUUUGACCCGACUCAUUUCCUGGACGAGAGCGGGCGGUUCAAGAAGAACGAUGCCUUCAUGGCUUUCUCAGCAGGUAAGGGCAGGACAGGGGUUCAGCUCCUGCCUGUGGGUUUCCCAUCAUGGGCAUCUUGGUGGCCACUGUGAGAACAGGAUGCCCGGCUAGGUGGACAUCCUUUGGCCAGAUCCAUCAGGCUCUGAGAAUCAUGGAACUGUAGAAUUGGGAGGAACCUCAAUUCAAUGUAGGAAUCCCAACUCAAGCAUCCAUGGCAGGUGGUCACCCAACCUCUGCUUUGAAACCUCCAAGGAAGGAGAAUCUACAACCUCCCCAGGGAGAUCACUCGGAAAUCACAGAACUGUAGAGUUGGAAGGGAACAUCUAGCCCCGCAUCUGGUCCACUCUUCUUAUGGGCCUUUUCGGUGGUGGCUCCCCAUUUGUGGAAUGCUCUCCCCGGAGAGGCUCGCCUGGCUCCAGGCGAAAACAGUCUCUUUACCCAGGCCUAUGGCUAUUAAGGCGGGACACGGGUGGCGCUGUGGGUUAAACCACAGAGCCUAGGACUUGCCGAUCAGAAGGUCGGUGGUUCGAAUCCCCACGACGGGGUGAGCUCCUGUUGCUCGGUCCCUGCUCCUGCCAACCUAGCAGUUCGAAAGCACAUCAAAGUGCAAGUAGAUAAAUAGGUACCGCUCCGGUGGGAAGGUAAACGGCGUUUCCAUGCGCUGCUCUGGUUCGCCAGAAGCGGCUUAGUCAUGCCGGCCACAUGACCCGGAAGCUGUACGCCGGCUCCCUCGGCCAAUAAAGCGAGAUGAGCGCCGCAACCCCAGAGUCGGCCACGACUGGACCUAAUAGUCAGGGUCCCUUUACCUUUACCUUUUUAUGGCUAUUAAGUAAUUGAUGGUCUGUAAAAGUGUGCAAGAGAGGACUGUUGUGAUGAUGAUUAUUUCAUUAUUAGGCUGUCUGUCAGUAAGCAUUUUACUAUGUUUUUAUUAUGUUUUUAUCAUGGGUGUUUUGAAAUGUGUUUUCAAUGUUGUACACCGCCCUGGGAUCUUUUGAUGAAGGGUAGUGUAUAAAAUGAAUUAAUAAUAAUAAUAAUAAUAAUAAUAAUAAUAAUAAUAAUAAUAAUUCUGCUGCAGUGUAUACUCAGCCACUGGGUUGAAUCCUGCUUGCAGACAUCUCCCCUUGGGUCUCCAUAAGUGAAAGGGCGGGAGGGAUUUAAAUACCAUGCGGGUGAUGCUGUGGGUUAAACCACAGAGCCUAGGACUUGCCGAUCAGAAGGUCGGUGGUUCGAAUUCCCCGCGACGGGGUGAGCUCCCAUUGUUCGGUCCCUGCUCCCGCCAACCUAGCAGUUCGAAAGCACGUCAAAGUGCAAGUAGAUAAAUAGGUACCACUCCAGCAGGAAGGUAAAUGGUGUUUCCGUGUGCUGCUCUGGUUCGCCAGAUGUGGCUUAGUCAUGCUGGCCACAUGACCCAGAAGCUGUACGCCGGCUCUCUUGGCCAAUAAAGCGAGAUGAGCGCCACAACCCCAGAGUCGGUUCACGACUGGACCUAAUGGUCAGGGAUCCAAAGGGUCCUCUAUUCCCUACGAAGGUCUGCUCCACUGUGGGCAACCUGGGGACUCCAUCCCUAAGCCCACCUUCAAAUGAUGUCAGAGCAACUUCCACUUGAGGCGCCACGAACGAUGGCUGAAAAUUCCAUCGCUCCGGCUCCCAUGGGGCAAUUAGAGGCUGAGAUGGGAAUAAUCAGCCUCCCAAAAUCUUCCCAGGGGUAUGGUAAGACACAGUCUCAUCCGUGGAUGCCCAACAAACCAGCCCCAAAUUCGGAAGGAAGGAGGGGCUGGGGGCACUGGAUGGAAAGCCCCCGAGACAGCCUGGCUCUCCUGGAUGCUGUCUCAGCGAGCGAAUCAACUUCCAUUUCUUAAGAUGAAAAAAAUGGAUUUAAGUUUUGGACAUGCUUCGAGCGAGGAGGGAGAAAUUAGAGCCUCCUUUGCCUGACCCUCAAAGGCACAGAGGCAUUUCUGUCCCUCUUCCUUCUCACUUUUGCAGGGAAGCGGGUGUGCCUGGGAGAAAGCUUGGCUGUCAUGGAGCUCUUCAUCUUCCUCACCACCAUCCUGCAGAACUUCAAGCUGAAGCCCUUGAUGAAACCCGAGGACAUUGACAUCACACCCGAGUCCACGGGGCUGGGAAGCAUCCCUCGGCCCUACCAGUUCUGCCUCAUCGCCCGGUAAAAGGACACUGCGCUCGAAGGCCAGGCUGCUCGCCCGCCCCCCUGCAGCCAGACAUAGAAUCAUGGAAGUGUAGAGUCGGAAGGGACCCCGAGGGUCAUCUAGUCCAACCCCCUGUAAGGCAGGAACCUCAACUAAAGCAUCCAUGACAGAGGACCAUCCAACCUCUGCUUAGAUACCUCCACGGAAGAAGAGCCAUCACCUUCUGAGGGAGUCUGUUCUACUGUCAAACAGCAAACUUUGGUUUUUUUUCUGAAUGGCUGUGGCAAUCCAUUAUGCAGGGGCCUCUCCCUCCCUCUCCCUCUCUUUCAUCUAUCUCUUUUCUCAUCUCUCUCUCUCUCUCUCUCCACCCUCUUACCUGUUGCUGCGGUCUGUUGUCCUGCAGUCACUCUGCAGUCUGUCAUCUGUUCUCCCUGACCAACACUCCGGGAACAACAUUGAGGUCAAUAAACUUGCCAUAGCUGUCAACUGUCCCUUAUUUGGCAGGAAAGUCCCUUAUCCCAGCGCUGCAUCCUGCUGCUGUCCCUUAUUGAUGAUGUCCCUUAAAUUUCCCGGGUUUCAAAGGAAGCAGCUCCUCUCCCUCCCUCCCUGCCGGCCAGGGAGGAGGGAGGCUCCAACUGUGUUGCUUGGCUGCGUUGCUCACCCAAUAAGGAGUCUCAGAAUGACUGGGGGGUGGAGCUUGCAUGCCUUGUGCCGAUCAAAUCAGCCGCCUUGCCUGGGGACUCGCCUUUGCUCAGCGCUUCCCAGUGGAGAGGUGACGGUGGUUUUCCUUGCUGCAUCCCCUUUGCCGGGUUGCUGCGCUGUGGGAACCACCGCUUGAGGCUUCGUUUGGCUGCUGGCUGGGCUUUCUGCCUUUGGCUCGGAGGGGCUCAGAAGCUGAACAUACCUGUGCUCUGAAAAUCCCUUAUUUUGGCUGCUGAUCCCUUAUUUUCGAGGCUGCUGGUCCCUUAUUUUCAAAUCUGUAAGUUGACAGCUAUGAAACUUGCCCACCCUCCAAGGCCUCAGCUGAGAAUGUCAACAUCUCAGUUAUCUCAUCUACGCCCUACACAACCACGAAAGGCCAGGUUGUCAUGGCACUUGGGUUUUUUUACAAAUAAAAUAUUUGCUCUGC